UCGGCGUCGGUGCUUUGAAAGCGGUCUGCUCCGGCAGGAGGAAGUGCAUAGUACGGUGUGUUAUUUUCAUGUCCGUGUUGGUUAAUUUAUACGAAUAAAAAUACAUAACCGCCGACAUCAGACUAGCGGGGUGCUGGGAAUUUUCCGCACUGUCCGGAGAGCUUUGAGCGUUUAAAUAUAAAGCAGAGUGGAUAGUGUGUGUAGCUGGAGCAGCGUGGGUUAAGGUGGGCCUUGCCCGGAUAUCUGCCAAGCAAACUGAAAAAUAAAUAAAUAAAUAAUAAUAAUUAAAAAAAGCAUUAGCGAAGCUUCUCCUGUCACCUGCCUGCUAGGAGUUGAAAAUAUAAAUUGGCACGCAUUUAUAUUGGAGCUUUGAACCCAAACAAGAGGACUAAAACACCCUCAUGCAAAUGGCAGAUAACCUGAGCGAAGCCCUGAAGACGCUGAAGCUCUCAUCAGCGGACAGUGCAUCAGACAGUGUGGAGAGUUGCCUGGACUGCCUGCUCAAAGCUUUGUCCCAUAACAAUGUGGAAGCCAGUGGAAAAAUCCAGGAGAUGGGUGUUCUUUCCAUGAUGCCUUCUUUAUUGGCCACACAGAACUCCUGCACACCCAAAGUAGCCAACAUCAUAGCGGAGGUGGCCAAAAACGAGUUCAUGCGGAGUCCCUGUGUGGAGGCAGGCCUCAUCCCCCCACUGGUUCAGCUGCUCAACUGCAAGGACCAGGAGGUGCUGCUUCAGACGGGUCGAGCCCUGGGCAACAUCUGCUACGACAGCCAUGAGGGCAGAAGUGCAGUUCACGAAGCGGGCGCUGCUCAGAUAGUAGCAGAGCACAUUAAGGCUCUGGCCCAUAACACUGACCCGGCCACCGGGAAGCUCUUGACUGUCUUUUGUGGCAUGCUGAUGAACUAUAGCAAUGAUAAUGACACAUUGCAGGCCCAGCUGAUUAGCAUGGGAGUGAUACCCACCCUGGUGAAGCUUCUGGGAGUCCAUGCGCAUAACACAGCUCUCACAGAAAUGUGCCUCAUUGCCUUUGGAAACCUGGCAGAACUGGAAUCAAGUAAGGAGCAGUUUGCAGCUACAAAUAUUGCUGAGGAGCUAGUGAGACUUUUCCGGAAGCAAGCGGAACAUGAAAAGAAGGAGAUGAUCUUCGAGGUGCUGGCUCCUCUGGCUGAGAAUGAUGUAAUAAAGCUGCAGCUGGUCGAGGCAGGUCUGGUCGAGUGUCUGUUGGACGUUGUGGCUCAGACGGUGGACAGUGACAGAGAGGAAGACCUGGCUCAACUCAAAACAGCGUCUGACCUCAUGGUGCUGCUGCUGCUGGGAGAUGAAUCCAUGCAAAAGUUGUUUGAGGGGGGUAAAGGUAGCGUGUUCCAGAGGGUUCUCUCUUGGGUUCCGUCCAACAACCAUCAGCUCCAGCUAGCUGGGGCUCUGGCUAUUGCUAACUUUGCCCGCAAUGAUGGGAACUGCAUCCACAUGGUAGACACAGGAAUUGUGCAGAUGCUGUUGGACCUGCUGGACAGACAUGUUGAGGAGGGGAAUGUUACAGUGCAGCACGCAGCCCUCAGCGCCCUGAGGAACCUGGCAAUCCCAGUCGUGAACAAGUCUAAGAUGCUUUCAGCUGGAGUGUCUGACGUGGUGCUGAAGUUUCUUCAAUCAGAAAUGCCACCAGUUCAGUUCAAGCUGCUGGGAACGUUAAGAAUGCUUAUUGAUACACAAGCGGAUGCUGCCGAACAGUUGGGAACAAACCGUAAGCUGGUGGAGAGGCUGGUAGAAUGGUGUGAGGCGAAAGACCACGCAGGGGUGAUGGGAGAGUCCAACCGCCUGCUCUCGGCACUGAUCCGACACAGCAAGUCAAAGGAAGUGGUACGGACGGUCAUUCAGUGUGGGGGUGUAAAGCACUUGGUGACCAUGGCAACGAGCGAGCACAUGAUCAUGCAGAACGAAGCGCUGGUGGCUUUGGGGCUCAUAGCAGCACUGGAUUUGGAUUCAGCUGAGAAGGACUUUGUUGGAGCCACUUUGGUGCAGGUCCUACAUAAGCUGCUGACAGAGGAGAAGAGCGCUCCUGAGAUCAAAUACAACUCCAUGAUCCUCAUCUGCUCCGUCAUGGGCUCAGAACCUCUACAUAAAGAAGUACAGAGCCUGGCCUUCAUUGACGUGGUGUCCAAACUACGCUCCCAUGAGAACAAAACGGUGGCCCAUCAGGCCUCGCUAACAGAACAGAGGCUAACUGCGCAGAGCUAAAAGACUCUUUAAACACACCACACACACUCCAUCCAUUCUCUGCCUGCCAAACCUUCCUAUACACACUCAACCUCCUAUGACUCCCACCGUCUCCCUCUGUCAUGUGCCAAGGUAUCCAGUCCCACUCAGCCUCCCUGCUAUAAAGUCCCCGCUUCUCACCCAGCUCGUUUCACGCAUGCGUUCAACACUUCGUAGGACAUUGUAGACUGCCUUCUGCAAUAGGUUGUGCGAGUGAGAUAGGGAGCGUGCAACACUUAUAAAAAGACCAUAGCUGUGAUAAACAAAGCAUUCACAUCUCAUUGAGGAAGACGAAACCUGCAAAAAAUAACAAAAAAAAAAGUGACUAGACAAUAACUACAUGAGGGCUAGAGGAGAAACUAGCGCAGCCAUAUGUUCAUGCCGUGUAAACCCCACGUGUUCUGUGUAGCUUGAAUACCUGCUGAUUUUGACACCUGCAUGUUUUUUUAAGUAGUCUAAUUUAAUGGUGUAUCUGUGUUCAGCUAGCCAGACCUCGCUCUUUACGAUACACUCUGCCCCUUUAAUAUAUACGAAUACCUGCCUUUGACAUGUUCGAGUAGAGAUCAAAUGUGUUUGUACUGUACAUGGGAUGACAGGACCACAGAGAACGCUUUACAUUUUAACCCCCCAUGGUCCUAGUGCCAGUCAUGUUCAUAUCUAUGAAGUCACUUUACUGGAAAGAGCUAAUUCCAUUUCACUAGUCUGUUGAAUUUUCAAACAGAUUACUGUUGUCAUAUGGAUAUUAUGAACAAAUAAUAGCAUCUUGUUAACAAUUAAUAAGUAUUUCUAUUUGCUGCCCUUUGUCGAAGAGUUUAUGAAUGUUGUCUAGGCUGCAUACACUUAGUCAGGAUAGUGAAAAAAGAUGUUGCUUGUUAAAUGACAGUACAAUGUUAAUGUUAUGCUAUAUAAUCUGUUGGGAUAUAGCAUGCUGUUUAACGUGACUGCCAUUACACCAGGUAUAACAACAGCUCAAAUGGACAUGGAUCAUUACAAGGCCAUAAAUAAAUAAUGCAAUCAAGUUUCAAGAAUGGGCUUAGACAAGUCAGUGUAUAUGAGUGUUUUAUGUUCUGAGGUGGUUGGAAUACUGCCAACAGUUCCACAAUCCAUGACCCCAGCAUUGAAUAACAACCUAUUUUGAGUGUCUUAGAUAAUGUGCUCUCUUGAGUGCUCUCUAUCAAAGGUGUACAUUUGAUACUGUGGUACAUUUUUAUUUCCUGAGCUGGAUUUUGCAUGUGUACAGGUUUGUCUUUUACCAACCCACUGAGUAUCACAAAACAUGCAUUUCCACUGCAUGUUGGGAUACCGUACCACUCUGAUGUGGCCACUUUAUGUUCGAUAAAUGUUAUGUUAUUUAUCAGAUUUGUAACCUUAAGGAACCACUCAGCAAUCCAAUAUAUCUAUAUUAACUGCAUUACAGAUAUUUAAACUCGACUAGUUGUUGUAAAUGUCACUGAUUAAUUGUACAUUUGGGAGAUAGAAAAUGAUUAUUAAAGACAAUUGCUGGCGAUGGA